AUGUCUGCACGGCCAGCAUCGCGAGCUCCCCGUGAGCUUCGUAGGCCAGCUCAGGAUACCCGGCGAGCUUCAUUGCCGCCCAGGACCGCUCGUCAACAAAUACCAGGUGCUGGCAGCCACAAUGGAUUCGACCCCCGAACCAGAUUCUUGGAUUCGACUCGCGAACAGCGCAGACAAAUUCGCCUUCUGCCAGGAAAUCAUGUUGGCAAUCGCCCACUAGGACCUCUUGCUGGAGUCGGCUUCCAACCAAGCCACGCUCCAGUCUACACCUACAGUCCCGCAAUGACUAGCUCAAGUCAUAUCCAUAGAAACGGCCAAUACUAUAGCUCCCAGCCAACUCAAUGGUACGGGAAUCAAUUGACCCAAGACAAUUUCAGCGCGACACCUGACCAAGACGCCUGGUUAAAUGAGCCAGUAUCUUCUGGUACUCAGCCGCCACGUUUCACCACCCCAGCCGACGAAUUCCCCGGCCAAGCAGCAAUAUUGGAUCCGGAGAUCAGUCGGCGCAAGAUUUCUCGUCCUGUCAGCCACAGUACUGCAACCGCUUUCGAGAUCUCCAAGUACAAUGAAAGGCUUGCCGAUAUUGAUGAUAAACCCUUUGAAGAUCAUGACGACAAGGAUGUCGUUCAUGACACACAGGACGGCCACUCUACCGAAAUACCAGAGCCUACCAAGGCCAAGCGAAAGACUACCCCCAAUACUGCAGAUGGCGAGCCCAAAAAGAAGAAACUGGCAAUAUACUCUAAUGAACAACUUUAUGAUAAGCCGACAUCGACUGGUGAUUGUGCUUGCCACGGCAAAAGCAAACCUUCAAUAUCUGUCAAGGACUUCACUGUCAGACUCCGAGAUAUCAAUUCAGCAUUUGCUCAACAUUUCACAACACUUGCUUCGACAAACGACACGACGAACAUAAUUCAUAAUUUGGAAGAUGCUGUUGAUCAUAAACUGCAACCGAGUGAUUACGAAAUCGUCGAACGAAUUACUCAUGGGAUCUUCCUUGGGAAUGUGCUUGGUAGUAAGUCAUGGGAAAUGUGGAAACCAAUGUUUGGCGGAGAAGACGUCGAGGUCACUUUUAAAGGCUGUCAAUAA